AUGCUUGCUCCGAAAGCGUUGAAUUUGGACAACGAUUCUGAACGAACAGAGGACGGGUCGAUUACAGAAGUUUCGGAAGAUGACAUUCCGCUCGCUGUGCGUUUAAAUUUGCCAGGAAAUAGCGGUACAAAUACUACAGGAAAGCAGCGGGUACGGUCUUCUUUUCAAAAGAAGGGUGGAUUUGUCAUCCCACGAAAGAAAAAGCAAGCAAAUGGUAAGUUAAUCAUGAUCUUUGAGCUAAAGCAUUUUUGAUCAGUGGUGUGACUUUUAAACGUGCUAAAAUUUCUUGCUCGCCUUUAUGCUAAUCGUUAGUUUUGCGUAAAAACCCUUCAGAACGGGGUGUAUUUGCGGCCCUUAAACACUGAUCUGGUUUGACUUUGGCAUUUCUUUUUUAAAGAACUUCUUCAGCAUUCCAGUUUUGAUACUAGAGAGGGGAAGGAGUUACUUCGCAAUGUCGCGCAAUCAUAUCGAGAUCCUGUGGUUGGCGCUACCCUGAAAUUUGAAAAGCUAGAGCUUGUAUUUAAUGACCAGCUGUCCCGAGAGGUGAGUAAGUUUGGAUUAUUAAUCGUUCCAUUCAUUCAGUGAGUGAGUUUGGAUCAUUAAUCAUUCCAAGUCCGAAGUAAGCUAUGGAUUUAUUUAAACAACGUUCCACAGCAAUCUUCUGAUCUUUGUUUGGGCUUUGUUUUAAUCAACAGUACCAGGAUAAAAAACAGUCUAUGCGGAACGAAUGGCGAAAUUCUAAAGAACUUGAAGACAAACAUGCGUUCUUCUACACUGUUGAUCGUGAAGAGGUUUGAAUAGCUAAGCUCAAUUAUACUUUUUAUGGCAUGCGAUGCGGUUUUUGCAAAAUUAAGCGAGUGUUUCGUUUUCUUACACAAGCUUCGCUACAAGUGAAAGUACAGGAUAACUUAAGUGAAAUGUUUUUUUUUUGUUCCACAAACGUCUAAUGUUUUCACAAGGAGACAAAAUUUAACCAAAACGAUUUCAUGAAUCCCUGACCUCGAAAGAAACUUGCUAUGUUUAUUUGAACGAUUGUUGUUAAAAUUAUUCAGACUUCCAUUUUUAGAUGAAUUGAAAAUGCUUGAGUGGACAAUUUUGUGAAAAAUUUCGAUUCCUCUCGUAGUAAUCGCUAUUGAUAAACUUUAGUUGUGCCUCUAGUUGAAUAGAGAAGCGAAAUAGAUUUUAGAUGAACCAAACUGGUGUCCUUGGUUAGUUUGAUACUUAAAGGAGCAAAUAAUUUUUCAUCACAUCCCAGCUGCUUCCGAUAAUUGCCUCGUUACGUAUUACGUGAGAAAUCUGGUUUCGUUAUUUCUAGGAAUGGUUUUGCACAGAAAUAAAUCUGAUGACUUAUUUCAUAAGUUGACAUUUAUCAAGCUCAUAGCAUUAUGAUAUGGAGGGAAACAAACUCUAAGCCUGUUUUGUCUCAUUCUGGGCACCAGCUGUUUGAUUUUGUGUUUGGCACAAAGAUGCGAAGGCAAAUUUUGAGGCCUAGUGGCAAGAAUUCUGUUUAGCCCUCAUCUUCAUUAGGUUUACAAUGCUUUGAUAAAAGAAAGCAAUGACAGAACUAGUAGCUUACCUCUGGGACAAAGGAUUUGUUUUAGAUUAGCAUGGGGUUAUUCCAAAAUCUUUCCUUGCCAAAUAUUUUGGUCAUUUGCAUUUACUCUUGAGUCCUAAAGAGUGACUAGUUUCUCAUUUCGUUGUACAUUGUCAUCCUUGAAUUACGCAUAAAGGUCACAAGACUAAGGAAAUGAUCACCAACUAAAGAACUUCUUGACUGUUAAAGAAAUUCUCCUUGACAGCUACUUAGGAAAUGUAAAGAGAACAGUAUGGAGAAAAUUAGGAUGUAAAGGGCAUGGUUAUCCUUGACAAAUGUUCAGCAUCCAACAUUUAUGGUUGAAGCUUGAAUUGCUGUGAAAAAGUUUAUUCUUUCUGCAAAAUAAAUUAUUGUGAAGGGAGGUAGGGAAACACUGUUUCAUUUCAGUAUUGUGUUAACCUAUUUUGGUUUUGUUAUAUCAGGCAAGAAAAAUAUGUGAAAAUGGAUUGGAGGUUGGUUCAACAUCAUUAUCAUGUUUGGGAGAUCCAUCAAUGGGUAUGUGUUUUUUGUCAUAAUAAUGGUUUACUGUAGAAAUUCUUGUGCUCUCAUCGGCCAAGAACUAUUGUAAAUAAGAUUAUAGACAACAAAGAUGGUGUGAUGUAAUGCUCGACAAUCCUCGCCAUGUCAGAUAAAAAAUUUAUCUUGUGAAAACAAUUGCAAAUUUCUGAGAUAUGGAUAGUAACAAACUUCUGAGUUUUAAGACUGGUAGACUUAGAAAUUUUUGUAGAAGAGCUUGUCGUGAGGGGAAAAAAGUAGAGGAAGAGAAGUAGAAAUAGAAAGUCCAGUUCUCAGUUUGCAAAGUUGAAAGAUGAAUAACCUCGAAGAAAUACUUGGUAAUGGAAAAUUGUCAAUUUGUUAAUUAGACAAGGCACUGACAAUGUUAUGGUGAAAUUGAUAUUAAUCAUUCUUAAUGAUUCGUAAUAUUUACAACUGAUCAUGCAGUUUCUUUGUGUUUACAUUUAAAACUUCAGGUGUGUAUCUUGGCCGUCAUGCUGACGUCAUUUCCAGGAAACCUCUUAUUCAAGGUUCUCUGGGAUACCUUAUAGUUUUCAAAGUCAUCAAGGUUUGUGUGCAGUCUAAAUUGUUUAAAGGAACUCAUUGCUGACUAAAAAUCAUCCUUUAACCCUUAAACUCCCAUGAGUGACUCAGACAGAAUUUCACCUUACAAUAUCAAUACAAUGUCAACCAGAUAAGUGACGAGAAUAAAGAAAAAUAUCAAUUUGGGGAUGAUUAGAUCCAAUACUAAAUUCUCUGAACCAACAUUAUAAGAAUUUUAUGGUUGACAGUAAGGAGAAUUACAAACCUGUUCUGGGAGUUAAAGGGUUAAGUGUUCUGCAGUACAUUGCAACCUUAAAUUCUUAAGGUAUCAUGUAUUUCCUUUAACCACAAGAUUGGUCAAAAGUACUUCAAAACUUACUGAAAGCACUGCUAUAUUCUUUGGUUGUGAAACUGUAGGAAGUGUAUAUUUUGGAGCAUUAAUAUCUUUUCUUUUUUCCUUUUACCUUACAGGGCAAGGUAAAACAAGUUACAGAGCGGAAUGCAGCCACUGCUGGUGACCUGCUUGAGCCAACACCAAACUUUGACUGCCAUGUUUCAAGAUCCCUUCAGAAUCUUCAAGCAAACAGCCCACUUAACCAAGUAUUUGAUUACUCACAGGUGGGUUUGAAGGACAUCAUUUGUGUGGUAGGGUUUGUUUAUGUGUGGUAACUAAACUCAUCACAUAGCCUAUAUAGCCUUGUUUAUGCUUUUAAUGAAAAACAUUGUAUAAUAUCUCCCUUCCUUGGGUCAUGUACAGUGGCUUGAGUAGGGCAGAAUAAGCUGUUUGGCAUCGGAAAGCCAAAACAAGGAGCAAAAACAUGAAGGAAAAAAGAGGGGGUGGUAGUCUUAUGAUGAAAUGCUCAUUGAAUGGUUUAAAGUGGGGCAGAUGGCAGCGAGGUCUGUACAUCUUGACCAAGAGCCAAAUAUUUUCCCACAUGGCCCUCCCACUCAGUCGCUAAAUACACAAUCUCAGUCAACUUUUGUUCCCUGUACUACUUGAUUUGUUUGAUCGGGUUAAGAACUACAGCAGCUCUAAUAAAAGUAACAACAUGACAAUUUCAGGCCGUUAGAGGGCUGUUUUAUCACUUUCAAGGGGUUGCUGCUUCUGGGGAUUUAUUGCAACUAGGAAAUUUUAUAAUAUUUUUUUUACUGCAGACUUCUCCCUUGGAAAAUUAAGCAUGGAUUAAGUUGUGCUGUUAACUGAUGUUUUUUAUUAAUGCCUUGAGAAAUUUAUAUGUCUAUGAAAUUUUUUUAUUUUUAUUUUUUAAACAGUAUUAUUUCUACGAGUUUGCUGAGGAAGGUGAUGACCUGCAUGUAAAAAGGCCGCGACAUUGUCUUCCUUAUGCUGUUAUCACUUUUUUGGUGGGGGAUUCAUUGGGUCCUCAUCAAGAAUCAUCCAUUGCGCAGGUGAGGUGAAAGCAAAAUGUAAUGUUUGUCAGCUUUUUUCUCUAUCAUACAAUUUCUGAUUUUAUGCAUUUUUGUUAGGAGGAGUUUCCAGGUGUGGACAAUAGUGGGUUUUCACUGCCAGCCAAAAGUUUUGUAAGACGCGAGACAAGUAAGUUAAACUUUGAAAUUAUAUUGUAUGUCACCUCAUUCUUUUUUAAAUGUGUAGGCCAGGGUUCUCAAAAGAAGGUGGCACCUUUUAGUAUUUUAACAGUGUAUAAUUGAUUUUUUUUCUUUUCAUUUUGCACCCAAAUUUUAUUUCUGGCAACCAUUUUAUGAUUUAACUUUUCCAGUUGGCGACUUUGAAAAAAAUGACUAUGAAUAAUCGCGAUGGGCAGACACUUAGUUUUUAUCCUGUUUAGAACCCUGGUAAACCAUUUGACACUUAAAAAGAAGGAUUUGAUUUUUAGACGGUAAUGCAUGAGUGGCACGUUACACUUAAUGAUGUAAAUUUAUUAUGGUUAGGAAUUCCAGAAAAGAGAAGGGGAAGAAGUAGCCAUGUUGUUUGGACGGGGAAGAUCACAAACAAGGACAGAUUGUUGGCUGAUGCACAGCUUGUUUGUCAUUCUGUACAGAAAAUCAAGCUUCCCUUUGAAAUGUAAGUUAAUUUAGCAAUGAUUGAGUGUUGGUGAAGUAAACCAUUUUUGGCGAGAGACCUUUUCAUUUGUUGGUCAUGUUGCAGCUGUUGAUCUUUGGAAAAAAACUGUCAAAUUUAAUAUGCACCCAAUCAGUAAGAUAUUUCAUAAAGCUUCCCAUUUUCCUCUGACACUAUACCUACUUUGGCUUGGAAACACGUCUCUUGUUGAAGUAGGUAAUCUGCAUGUUAUUGGCUGUGUUUUUUGAGAUUGACAUUUUUCACUAAGCAAGAUUUACUUUAUUUAGGUCAGAUUAUUAUUGAUCUAUGAAGGUUUUUCUUACUGUAAAGCAAUCUUUCAUCAAGUUGUCAAUGUUGUCAUCAACACAUGUUUACAUGAUGCAAAAUUUUUGCUUUCAGUGGUAAGAAGAUUGUUAUGAAGGAGAAAAUCUCCUUUCAGCAGCUGAGACCAUUCUUGACUUUCCCACUUUUUCGCUCUGGUCCACCCUCUGUGUCUAGAGUGUGCAAAGGUAAUGUUUUUUUAUUUUUGAAUGAAAUUUUUUUUUCUAAAUUUUACAUGGCCUUUGUCUUAAAAAUAGAAAACUCAUGUUAUCCUUGAAGAGAGAAUCAUUUACUUUGGUCCUCAUCCCUAGGAGGAACCUUCACCUGCUCACCUUCUUCAUUCCAUUUAUCAGAAAGAUGUAAGACUUUCUAAAUAAUAACAGGAAAGUUUGUAAAAAUUUAACAACUGCAUUAUGUGAUGUAUAUUCUGUGCCUGGUAUAACCAGGGGCUGCCACUUUGAAAGUGAGCUGGUGGGUUGAGUAAUGCUCCCAUGUAAGUAGCAACCAAUGACAAGCUCACUCACAAGAAAACAGACACAAAGCAGGGUAGUGUUCCAGUAUUUAAGAUGUUUCAAUUUUUUGGGGUUUUCUUGUUUUUUCUUUAUUUUUAUUUUCCAGUGAAUGUAGGCUCUGACAUUGUAAUAAAUUGAUUUCUUCUUAUAGUUCCAAAUAUAAUUAGUUUUUUGUUGUUGUGUUUUUAGCAUCUUUAGCUGGUGGGACAAGCUUUUUGCAUUGUGAAUUAGUUCCAAUUGAAGAUGACCAUGGAAAAAUUAGAAAACUUGUUAAGUUUUUCCAGGAGAAAAAUUGGGUAAGCAACAUGAUGAAUUACAAAACGCACAGAUAGAACCCUAAAUACUUGGAAUCUUUGAUUGUUGUGAGAUUUUUUGCUCAUAUCAGUUGUUUGGUGGUGGUGAAAACAUCAAAGAGAAGCAAGUCUCACAAAGUCAACAUCUCAAUCAACACCACUGCUGUAGGAGUCUGAUCCUGGACACUAAACUUAAACCCCCUCAAAAGUAGGGAAGAUUUGUACCUGCCACACCAGUACUAGCAAAACAAAACCCCUUUGGAAUGAGGAUCAAUUGUCCUGAGUUAUGCUACUUGCUGAUCAAUAUAACAAAUUGUAGUUGUGAUAGAAAUAUGAGACAGAUAUGUUCAUUUGUUUUGUAAUUUUCACAAUAAGUAAAGUUCAAAUUUUAGUAAAUUCUGUUCAUUUACAUCAACUAACUGUGUAAUAUUUCUUAAUACUUUUUUCUCUUUGUCGACAUUGUUUUUUUAAGGCUGGAAUUGUCAAAAAUCCAGAUGCCAAUAGAGUAAUAUUUCUUAUUCCAACCUCUCAAAUCACUUUGGACCUUGGUGAGUGAUCAUCCUAUAGCCUUGUGGGUGUUUUUCCUAAAGUGUUCUUAACUUUUCUGACAGGUUAGACAGGUUUUUACAUGGUGUGUGAAGAGCAUCACCUUACAAUGUAUCUUUUUUUACUGCUAUUUUCUUUGUUUUUACUUAAAAUAGCUUGAUCAUGUAAUUUUAGAUGUUAAUUACAUUGUAACUGUCCAAAGGAAUUUGAGAAAGCUGCUUUAUUUUCCCUUUGUGAUGAGAGUGUUUUGGACUUGCGGCUUGAAGUUUUAGCCUUUUUUGUGCCUAUACUGAAUGGCUAUGGAACCAAAAGUCCUUACAAAAUUGAUUAUUUCCUAGGCAUUACUACAGUAGAUUCACCAGCAACACUUCAUGCUCUCCUCUUUGCGAAGAAACAGAAAACUGGCAGAGGUAAGUGUGUGUUUCAAUGCUCAGAUCAUACAACUGUGUAAUUAUUCACUUGAUUUUAAGAAAUAAGAAAAAAUUUUAUUUAUGAAGGUAAACAACUACUUCAACCCUCUAACUCCCUAGAUCUGAUUCAUUGUUAAUUCUCCUCUUUAGCUACAACACUUACUCUCGCAAAUUAGUUAUCGAAAUUUGGUGUUAGAUCAGGAUCAUCACUUUUACCUGACAAGUUUGGGUAUUCUCAUUACCUUUGUGUUGGGUAAUGUAUGGAUAUUGUAGGGAGAACUUACAUUUUUAUCACUUCUGGAAGUUAAAAGAUUCAAGUGGUGUGUGAAAAGGGAGCAGUGGUGACAUCCAACACAACAUCCAUGAAAAAUGAACAUAGAUUUAUCGCAUUACCUUAUUCAGGGAAAAAACACUGAUUUGUGUUUACUUUCGACACGCUACGUGAUGUACUAAAAUUUGUUUCGUCUACGAACUCGUCAUUUGAUUGCAUUUGAUUGUCGAAAAAAUAUGGAUGUACGACCGUACGACCGUACAAGGUGCUACUUUUAGCAUGCGUGGUCAACUGUACCGCGGGCACGCCAACGCCACGGCUUUGUUCAGUAGUCCAGUGGUCAGUGCACUGGGCUCCGAGUCGGACGACCCGGGUUCUAGUCCUGGCCGGGGUAAGGCGUUGUGCCCUUGAGACGUGCGGGGGAAAAAAUGCGAGCUCCGCUUUUAGGCUUGGCUAAAUCUAUAUAUUAUUUCAUGUAGUAACAGAUGGAAGUAAGCACUCAAAUACCAGGUCCUUAAUCCUAAUGGAGGAAACAAAGGCUUGGAAGCAAGCAUUUUUUUCCUUGUAGAUAGUACAACGUGACAAAAGUUCUCUGGAUGCAGACGUAGUUUUGGGUAUUUCUCGGUGUACCUGUUUUUCCAGUGAUGUCCUAAUCCUUAUUUGGAUGUGUUUGUAGACCGCUACUUAUCUAUGCAAUUUGUGUUGCUCCUGAUGUCAUACUUAUGCUAUUUUCUUCUUACGUCUCCUCGUAGAGAACGUUAUCAACACGGCGAAAAGUGGCUCAGUAACCGCAAAUGAUUUGGGAGUAAGUCAAAUUCAAAAGGAACUGAAAAGACAUCUGAGUACAAAGGUUGAUGACAUGGAGAAGCUCAAUGAACCGAGACGGCACAGUUUAGAUUCUGCGAGACCAUUAGCUGCCCCGGCAUCCAGUCACAUGGAAAGGCAGGAUGUUCCUGAUUUUGUGUCGUGUGAUAAGGGUUUGACAAACGAGCAAACGGUGACAUGGAAGCGUAGAGUGGAAAGUUGGCUUAGCAGGCCACACCCUUUAGGAGGCAUGGAUGGAGAUUUUCAGAAGUCGACAAUUCAAUCCUCUUCAGCUCCUACUUAUGUUCCUGGUCCCAGAGUAGUCCCAAAUUUGCCUUUUCAGGAUGUGCGUGCAAGAUCAAGUGGUAAUAACGAGGAACAGAGACUGUUCUCUGGGAAACAAGAUGUGAAUUUUAGAACUAGUGGAAAUAUGGAACAGCACAGAGUGUUUUCUGGACAACAAGACAUCCCAAUUGGAACACCCAACACAGAGAAACAGAAAGUAGCCCUUGGAAAGCAAGAUGAACUUGAAAGACAUGAAGGAAAUGUAGAGAAAAAUCAAGGUUUUCUCGGAGAGCAUGCUGAUGUCUCAUUGCAACAGUUCAAACUGGAUGACGUGGCUAAGAAAGACAAAGUGUUACCUUCGCCAGCUCUUGUUGUGAGGAAAGAAAAACACAGGGAAGAUCCGAGAUUGAGGCGCUCUGUUGACGGUGAGCCAGCCACGUCAUCUAGCAGAAGUGGCCAUGGUGUGCCUUUUAAUGCGCAAGCGUCGCUGCAAGCUCGGGGAGUGAAACCGAAUUCUGCUCCAGUUGCAUAUACAUCACCAAUAACAGCUGCUAAUCAACAGAACAAGUAUCAAAUCAAUAGUGAAUUUCUGAACGAGUUGUUGGUUAAGGUAAAAUUUCCAAUGUCUGAGCAAUCGAAUACGAAUUAUCAAUCGAACAGUGAGGUUUUAAGAAAUUUUGUGGAAAAGGUGAAACAACAGAAACCUGAAGAAUCAAGCCCAAACAGCGGAUUUCUAAGAGAGCUGUUAAACAAGUUGAAAUCACAGAAGCCUGAAGAAUCAAUGUCCACCAUGAUUGAUGGUAUAAGAAAAACCUUGGACUUGAUGAAGAAUCAAUUAGAGUCGCAGAGUGUGAAACGUCAGGCACAAGACGCUGCAAAGGGAGCAAAAACUGCUGGUACGUCGAUGUCUUCAACGAUUGAUGAGAAGUCCAUAAAGAGAAGCCGUAGUGUGGGUUCAACAGAGGUGAAAGGGGAAAGAUCUCAAACAUAUCAAGGUAAUGCAUCAGUAUUGUCCGCACAAUCAUCUGGAGAGCGAAACUUGAAAAGUAUCGAGAAGCGAAGGGAAGAAAAACAGACACCUGUUGUAAGGUCUGAAAAGAAAGCUAUGGAAGACUCUCCAACGAAGGGGUCAAAACAGCACAAAAGUACUCCUAAAGGUCCGGCAACACCAGCCAAUAGUAAGCCAGUCAAGGAGACUGCUGUACCAGAAUUGUCUGAGGCCCCACCUCCGGCAAUUCCAUCUUGCGAUGUCCUGACAAGACCACAAUCAAAUUCUGAUGCGCCACCCAAAAAACCCAAGUUGACACUGAUUCUUAAGAAGAGAGACUCCAGAGAGGUUUCUGCACAAUCAUCUGGUGAUGAACAUAAUCAAACACCAGAGCCUAAGGUGACAAAACGGUCUCAGGAAACAGAGCACGAGGAAAAAGCUGAUAUCCAAGGGGACAGAAAGUCACCUGUAUCCAUGGAUUUGAGUCCCCAAAGCACCACACCAACAGGAUCAGUUAGUCCUAUAACUGUGGUUUCCUCAAAAGGACGUUACCACUCUGUAGGAACUCCAGCAAGUACUCCUUCAACAGUUCCGAUUGCCAUAGCGUCAUCGAGUUUUCCAUUCAAUCCUCCCCUUCCUCAAGGGCCCUACAGGAGUACAUUGAGCAUGGGACCAUGCACAAGUCAGCCAAAUCCACCACCAGUUCAUUCUGCACCAUUUUCAUCCCCUUUCCUACCUCAGUCAAUUAUUGGCACAAGUCCUCAACCAGCACUUCAGACUCCAUCAGUCUCAUCUGCGCCUCCUGGUGGAACCCUGCCCUUUGGUUCUCCCCCUCCACCACCAGGCACAACGUUUGUGCCAUACUCUCCCAUCUCACCAACACCUAUUUCUUCUUUACCCACUUCCCUACCACCUCGGCCUGCACCUAGCAGCUCAUCGUUUCCACCUCUACCUUCGCAUCCAACCAUUCAGCACCAUGAACAGCAGUGGACACCUCCUCUUCAACCCAAUCAGAGGUUUGCCUUCCCUGCGAAUAUGCCACCUCCACCAGGCAUUGCACCAAUUUCUCCAUCUGAGGUGCCACGGUGGCCUGCAAACACUCCUCAUCCGAGGCUUGUUCUUCCACCACCAUGUCUUCCACCAACAGCUGGUAGACCUCAUCAUGUUUUCCCACCAAGUGUGCCAUUUCCGAGACCAGUGCCAGAGAUGCCUCCUGUGCCACCCCAAAGAUUUUCACAAAUACCAGUUCAGAGGUUCAGUGUUCCUCCCCUACCUCCCACUGGGCCAGGACACCCUCAUCGAGGUGGUCUUCCUGGAGCCCUACAAAAGAUGCCUGUGCAUCCCAUGUAUAGUGCAGGGCCUUCAGUGCCUCAGUUUCCACCACGACAACCAGGUCCUAUUGGAUUCUGGGUUGCUCCGAUUAAAACUGGUUCUGCCCCCAGCGGAGGCGCUAAAGGCUAUGCGAACGUAAUGUUUCCACAACCUACAGAGCAAAGAUAUUCAAAGGAGUUGGCAACCACAAUUCUUAGAAAGGAUGAAGACCCUAAAAAAGACGAGACAAGGCAAGGAAACAGCAAGCAUCUCGGUUUUGCAAAGUGGCAGAAAGGUGCUGAAGAGGGCCAAAAUGAAAACGAUGCAGAUGAUGUCAGAACGAUGAACAAAGCACAGCACUCUAGCACUCAAAUAGGAGACCAAACUGAUGCUGCAACAAGCAACUCAGAGAUGACAGUUUUCGACUCUUCAAAAGAGGACAGAGAGAUAACAGGUAGCGAAAAAGACAAGAAAGAAAUGCCUAUGAAGGAGAACGUGACUGAAACCAGGCCAACCAAGGAGUCUAUGGAAAGAGUGGACCAGAGUAGAAGAGAGACAGAAAAGGAAGGCACCGAGGCGGUAGAAACACUAGAGAAACCUACAGAAUCAGCAAUCAAAUUGUCAUUAAUAAAUGAAGCAGGAACGCAAGGCUUAUCAUCAGGGUUGGACCAAAUGGAUGUGACAGAGCCAAAUGAAUCACCCACGAAACUUUUGCAAACUCACGAGUCUAUUUGCAAUGAAAAAAAUCAAAUUGUGCUUGAACCAGCAAGAGAAGGAUGCAGUAAUGUUUCAGGAAACCUUGACAAUGUAGGUUUGAUAGAAGAUGACAAUGUGGACGACAUACCAAAGGAAAGAAGCACUGAAGCUAAGGACCCUCCUCUGGCUGAUGCCUCUGCUUGUCAAAUCUCAAUCUCUCAACUUUCAACAGAACCUUCAGGUGUUUUAAGUAAUAGGCACAGCGACAUAGCAAUCUCAGGAAGUAGUACAGACGUUUUGGACAGUAAACCAUCCAAUGGUUUAACCACCACAACAUAUCACACUGAUGCAGAAUACAAGGAAUCCAAAACCCAUGUAACAGAACCUCCUGGAAGUAUUGAUGAACACAGUGAUGUGUCCAUCUCUGGAAACAGUUCUGACCUUUUUGACAUCAACCAUCCUUUGUGUUUGCCCACCACACCCUAUCGAACUGAAGCAGAACGAAAGGGAUCUAAAGCGGUCAGUAAGAUCUAUGACAUUCUUCGAAGGAAUGCUCAUGAGUCCAGAUCUGGUGCAGAAAAGGCGAUAGAGGAAGAGAUGGAAGGAGAUGUGGAGGAGGAAGGGGAAGAAGAUGUGGAGGAGGAGGUGGAAGGAGAGGUGGAGGAGGAAGUGGAAGGAGAUGAGGAGGAGGAAGUGGAAGGAGAUGUGGAGGAGGAGGUGGAAGGAGAGGUGGAGGAGGAAGUGGAAGGAGAUGAGGAGGAGGAAGUGGAAGGAGAUGUGGAGGAGGAGGUGGAAGGAGAGGUGGAGGAGGAAGUGGAAGGAGAGGUGGAGGAGGAAGUGGAAGGAGAGGUGGAGGAGGAAGUGGAAGGAGAGGUGGAGGAGGAAGUGGAAGGAGAUGUGGAGGAGGAAGUGGAAGGAGAUGUGGAGGAGGAAGUGGAAGGAGAGGUGGAGGAGGAAGAGGAAGGAGAUGUGGAGGGGGAAGUGGAAGGAGAGGUGGAGGAGGAAGAGGAGUUGAAAGAUGAGGUGGAAGGGUUUGAGCAGGAGGUGGAGGAGGAGGAAGAAGGGGUGGAGGAGGAGGUAGAGAGGUUGGAGGAGGAGGUGGAAGGGAAGCAAGGGGAAGUGCAACAGGAAGCAGAAGAGGAGCUAGAGGAUGUCGACAUCUAUAGCAACCCUGAUAAUCCAGAUCCUAGUGCCAUGGUUGAUGAAUCGUAUGUUCACGAAGAGGGUGAGUAUAGAUUGAGAGUCAAAAAGUCUCACCAAAUAGAGAACUAUUUUAUCAUAACCUACUGUAUUGUUUACUAAAUUGUUUACCAAUGCAGUACUUAGGAUUGAGUUUAUUUUGAUGAGGGAUUGGUUUCACUUAAAGGUUUUGCAGAAGAGAGUAAACUGAUAUUUGGUGGAGAGAAGAGCUCCCCCAGGAAAAGAGCCAUCCAUUUGGAGAGUGGCUUACGUGUUGUUCAGCUCCUUGACUUAGGAUCUUUUGAGACAAGCACUGAGGAAAGAGGCCCUGAAGAGUCUUCAACCCUUAAUGCUAACGAGACUGGAGCACAUGGUGUCAGUAGCUUGCCGUCGCACCAAACAGCACAGGAAACGUUGCCUAAAGGGGAGAGUGAAUACGACGAUGUCAGUGAUAUAUCUGAUGAAGGAACCCCAGAAAGGGACCUUCCUGGUAAAGUAUUCGAAAGUUUAAAAUUGAUGUUAAAAUGUGACAUUAUUUUCUUUGCUGUGGAAAGAGGUCAUUUAAUUGAUUUCUGUUACUGCUCUCAGUCUCGAAGAUAUUAGUUAGUUCAAAGAGAGAGUAAUAAGGUUUGAAACAUUCUGCCCUUUCGCUCCUUCAAUUCGUUGAAAUUGUUUCAUUUUCAACCUGUCAAAUUGUUGGAAUUGCGGUCACCUAGCGUGUUAUCAUUGUGUUGUGUUCUUUGGUCAGAAACUUUAAUUGCUCAGUGCCACUCUCUUCCCAGGAGUAUAAAUGGGUAUCGGCAAAUAAUUUUUCAAGGAAACCGUAUGACCUACAAUGGAUUGGCAUCUCAUCUAGGGGGAGUCUCAAGACUCCUGGUUACCUCAUGCGUCAGAAACUAUGGAACACCUUGGCUGCAUGAGAUACUUAGCUUAGGUGCAGACACAACUCGUUACUUAACUUUCUUUGUUCAGUGUGAAGAGCAGCGACCACGCACGGGACCCGGGCUAGUCCCUUUCCACCAUCUAAGGGUAAAAAUCUAAGAGGAAAUAAAAAGAUACGUAGGGAUGGGGUUAGGAGGGGAUGGCUGCCUCCAAUAGACCAGAAACCGCGAACAAGCUUUUGCUUUUAUUGGCCACUAAGCCGUCAAGACCUGACCUUGACUCUGAGGCAUGGUAACGUGAAAAUAGCAUUAGUCUGCCAGGAGUGUGACACAUGUAAACAACUGAUGAUUCGUAUGUUGUCCUUUUUGCGUCUACAGAGUAUGGAUCUUUCGAUAUUGAAUUAAAACAGCGAUGGUCAUCGAAAGUAACUCGCAAUACUGACAAUCAAGCAUCAACCAGUGUGCCAACCCAAACGCCUGAAGAGCUGAUAACACCUAAACUAGAAGUGGUCCGAAAUGAAGCAGAUAGUUCCAGCGCCCUCAUUGAACGACCCAAAGCGCGGAAAAGGUACGUGACGGUUCCAGCACAAAAAAGAAAGCUGUGGAAAAGUUCAAGCGAAGAUUAUGACUCCUCUGAGUUGUCCUCUCCGACAAAGAGAAGCAAGAAGAGCGUACACGAAAGGAGAGGCCGCAUGGCAUCCCCCGGCUCCCAUAGGGAUGGUUCUCACAGAGAUAGGCAGUUAAACGAAGAGCCAUGCAGGCAACCAAAGGAGCGCGUAUCCAACUUGUCGAGGCGCGAACUGCCUCCACGAAUUGUGAGCGAUUUGAAGGGUGGAUUGAAGAUCACCAUUUUACAAGGUAACUAAAUUUAGUAUUUACAAGUUAGUACGCUUUAGGGAAGUGUACAAGGGUAGAGCAAGAUAGGCGAGGAACUGCGAACAGAAGAAAACAUUUUAAUUGUUUUUCCAUUUCCAGUCGUCAGUUGAAGAUAGACAAGGAUGCGAUGAACCUGUUGAUACGCAUACUGUUUAAAGUAGAAGUGUUUUUAAAUUUUUCAAUUUUUUUUUAGGUUUGAUAUCAACUGGUCUCUUGUUUGUAAUCAUUACAAAUUCGUUUUGAGAAUUGUCUCAAUCAAACCAAAACACAAAACUGCUUGGAUCGUUUGUCUUUUUUGAAAUUCAAAUAUUACGUUUAUCGAGACUUGAAUCGGUUUCCUUUUCCCCCUCUUUUAUGAGUGUAUUUAUAUCAUCUUUUUGUAGUCAGUGACUGAGCUUCAAAUUAGCAUCGUGUGUAUUGCAUUUAGAGAAGCGUAGGCUACAGUAUGUAAUCGUGAACUGAAUUUAGAACUCUGCGUCCAAACUAACUCCAAACUAUAUAUUCGUUUACUUCUCUUUUACCCUUCUGAUGUUUUCUUGUGAAACACAUCGUACAGACAAAAAGAAGGUGCUUAGAUAAACAGUGUAAAAUUAAAAUCUGGCCUGUUUACAUUCCACAGACAUACUAUUUAAAAGGUUAUGCCCUCUAAGGAAAUAACCAAGUGUUGAAACAUUCUUUUCGUUAGAUCCUUCAAAGAUGGAAAAGAAAGAAGAAGAAGUGGAAGAGGAAGAGGCAGAUCUGCUUGAAACAGAAGAAGCAGAAAAAGUGAGUCACAUUCAGACGAAAACAAAUAUAUAUUGGCGUGUAUUUUGUAGAUCUUUCAUGCAACCCUGUCAAGCGUGCUUAGAUAACUUUCGUCGUGUGAUCAAACUUCACCCAAUCUGCAGAAUCUGUUCCUCCUUUAAUAAAAAUACCUGAAUAGGUGAAGAAACAACGCACCAAAGUUUUCUUUUUGGAAUUUACUAUUAUGAUCAUGGUCGCUAAAAUUUGUUCCUGCAAAAUACAUAAAUAGCUAGUUCGCUAAAUAGUACUUCCGCUAAGUGUUCUUCAUGCUACAAUGUACUAGAAACCCCAAAGGCCUGUUACAAGUAAGUUCUAAUCCGUAUCUUGCCUUGCCAACAAAGAAACGACCACUAACUGACAUGGAGUACAGUGACCUUGAAGACAUAAGUCCAGGUGAGCUCAGUUCUGAUUUUGAGAGCUGGCCAACCACACCAGACACACCUGAAACGGCCACUCCAGCCAUGGACUUUACUCACCCGAGUCUGGGAUUCUGGGCUGCACCACUGAAAUCAAAUGACGUUUCCAAACCAGCUGGAGCUGUCGUUAGCGAUGAACAUCAGCAGGUGUCCGAUUUACAGAUGUUGUCGCCAACUUUAUCUCCACCGGCAUACCUUGAAGAGCACCCUCUUGAAGGGGUGGAACAAAGCCAAGUACCGUAUGCUUUUGGAGAGGAAAAGAUUCAGGAUGUCGUUCAAGAACCUUGUAUAUCACGAUCAUCUUGGCCAGGUUAGUAUCUUGGUUAUAUUAAUGUUCAGACUUAUAAUCAGUUUUACAAGAGUGAAAACUCAUGGUUAAUAGUAUUAGAGGGAAAGUACCGUAAAUUGAAGGUAGCUACAGAGGAGGGUAGGAAUCACCUUAGCAACCUAGAGGUCAUCGAGCGAUAGCGCUUCUUUCUAUCAACUCAACACCGACGAACCGGUUUAUGGAAUAACUGCUCACCUCGAAAUGUGGAAGGGAGGGAGAGAGAGAGAGAGAGAGAGAGAGGUAAACAAUGAAAGCAAAGAACCCAAGGAAAUUGAAUAACCGCAUCUGGAAGCCCCUUUUGUCACAGUAGGAAAAGCGUAGCAUUGACUUGUAUGACAUGUACAUGAAGCCUCAUUGAAUAAUAUUAUAGCGUGCCACUUCUGGAGAAAGUGCUCAUAAGUCGUGAUAUUGGAAGAUCCACGACUUGAGACAGAGGAAGCAAAAUUAAGCUUCGUUGCGUUUGCUUUUUAGUUGAGGGUUUCUUCUGCCAGACGACGACCUCUGAGGAACGUGACUUGGGAUUGGGAAGUCUGGGUCCGACAGAGCUGGUGGUGCCCAGAGUUCACAAAGAAUCUUUGUCGUUGGAUGACAGCACUGGUCAUUAUAUCUCACAGUCUGCACACGAAAGUGAUGAGGACAUUGCAAGGUUUGUUGACCAAUGGUUUUAUUUUGUUAGAUGAACCAUUCUCUUUUUACUUAGGGAAUAGGACUGAUAAUGACUGGGUGUCGUUUGGAUUUUUCAAAGGGAAACGGAAGGGGUUCACAUUCACAAAUUUCCGUGCACCAUUUACCAGUUAUAGGUUAAGAUGUGUGAAUGGAUUCCACGUUCAGAAUUUACCCGACGAUUAACUCGAAGUUCCUGGAACGCCUACGACAUCUUUUACAGAGUAGCUCUCAAUGUAUAACUUAAGAAACAAAAUAGUGUCCACGCUGGCCUGUCAGCCUUCUACUUUCAGAAAUGUUGUUCUCCUUGUUUUAUUUCAAGGUAUGGUCAAGAGCUUCCUCAGUCUGAAGUGUUUGAAUAUGGCCAUGGACUCCCUGAUCAUCAACACCAACAUUACAAGUCACACAGGGAUAGCGCCCAAAAACCACCCAGAGGAACACAGAAGGUAGUUGAAUUAAGUUACUCGGCCACAUUUGCUUUAUAGUCUCGAAAAAAAGGCAGUUUUGCAACAAAACGAUAAGUAAUCAGCACUACUGGAUACAAUUAGGUUUGGCCUGUUUUUUCUCGAUAAAAAUAACCUUCCAGAAAUAUUUUUUACUGUCCAUACGGUGUAAUUUUUUUUUUACCUGAAUGAUUAUCUUCUGAUAGGAAGGAAAGCAUCGCACAACAAUUCGCGAGAAAAGAUAUCCGUGGAAGAGCCGUGAAGAGGUCAAACACAGCCAGGGAACGUCACACAGCCAGGGAACUUCAGCUGGGGGAGAAGGCAGGUGUUGUAUUCACUUGGUUAGGGAUACAUCUGAAUCAGCUACUCUCAGCAAUGCUCGUUCACAAUCUUAACCAAACACUCAACCUUUACACUCCCAAGAUCAAAAGAUCGGUUCUCUUUACAGUUUCCCUUAUUUCCCUUCAGUUUUCGCUCGGAGAAUUUGGCGUUAGAUCAAACAGCAUACCUAAGUCAAUAAGUUCCCUUUUUGCAAUCACCUCUCCACUGGACAAUAAGUUGAUAUUGUAGGGAGGCGUUCCUUAUUAGUUACUCUUGGGAGUGAAAGGGUUAACUUUUAUGUGUCACCUCUGUGUCAUUAGUCAUCGGGGGUUGAUGAUCUGUCGAAGGACUUAGUACGUAGGCACAGACGGAGAGAAGAUGGGCUCGAGGAUCUACUGUUUACCCUUCUUCUCCUGUGAUUGGUAGUUCAGUUCAUCCAUACUGGCUGGCUAGCUAGGUUCCCGAGUUUUGACAAUCGCGUACUCGGCCUUGGAAAGGAAUCAGCGCGCCACUGAAAGGACAAAUAUUCUCCUGAGAGAUAUUUUCAAAGAGAUUGUGAACAGUUGAGAGUAGCUGUCGAUGAUGUGUUUUUAUCCUUGAAUUUAUCUUUUUUUUCCGAACAGUAAUGAAAUUAAUUAGGUUUGGUUUCACUUCUGCAUCUGACUGGUUGAAAAGCUAGGAUUUGGUCUCGUUACUGAUAACAAAGCGCAUUGAAGCAGAACCAAAGCAGUUCUAGAUUACUUUCCAUAGUCAAUCGAAAAGUGCUAUAGCACCGUGGACAAAUUUUAAUAAACCCCAGCAAGAGGUGUCAUUCCCAUGAUUUUCGUUUGAGGGCAUAGAAGUGAAAUCAGAAAGGCAUGGUUUCCUUAUCAUCUGAGGGAAAUUAGGGAAUGAAAUUACAAAAUAUACAUAUAUAUAUUUUUUUUUUUUUUCUGUUGUUUUUUUUUUUGAAUUGUUUGGAUUCUUUCUGGUGGUUUAGAUUCCAAGUUAGUAAGUCAAAGCGCCACUGGAAAAAAUUCUGGUUGUGAUGAAGACAGCCCUGACAAGAGACCUAAGGUGGUUCAAGAUGCAGAAACUGCUAAUCACGGUAAAUCUGGCGGGAUUGAAAAGCCAGAAAAAUGGGACAUAUAUGUUUUUGCGUGGAUGAAUAAAGUGCAGCUUGAAAACUGGGUACGAAGGCAGAACCACGGGGCUAAACUGGCCACCAUUGGAACGGACCAAACUUGCACUGUUGAAAUUACCCCAGAAUCUAAACGCAGAUCUUCAGAACGUUUAUAUCGUCGAGCUAAGAAGCGAUUGAGGCGAUUAUGUCAAAGCUCAAGGCCGUGUACAGAGGACGCAGAUACUCCAGAACCUGCAUUUGAUGACGUUAACGCGGAGACGCAGUGUGAAAGUUUUACUCCUUUUCAUAAAGAAGCAAGUUCCAGUUCUGUUUCUGUUUCAAAGGAAGAUGGGAAUGUUGAGAGAUGUUCUGUACAAAGCGCGCAUGUUAAUCACUCGGUAUCACCUUGCACUCCGGUUGAAAAUUUUGCACAAAAGCACAUUGAUGAUAAUGUUGAAUGCGAUUAUUCUGUUCAUCCCAAGACGGAUGAUCUGUUGUGUGAUAAAGAAGUUUCAAUUAUUUUCGAAAAAGGUUUGGUUACAGAGGUGGAAGGAGUUACUGGAAACAACGAUGAUCCAAAUCAUCCAGAGACCAGCUGUUCACAUGUUCACCUGGGUAAAGAUUCGUCUGAAGAAGAGGAAGAACACGACGAUGUGUCGUUGGGGGAUCAGGGAAAUGAGUGUGGGAGAGAUGGCGUACAAAAAGGGCCGGUAGCUGGUGCAGAGAGUGAUAGCAUUCAUAAAGAGGAUGCAGUAAUUAAGAGUUUUCCAACCAAAGUGUUCGAUUCUAGUGAGGAUAAAGAGCAUCAACCGCUCGACAUAGAUAUGCAUGAUAUUGCAGAUGAUGUAGUGUUACACCAUGCUGUUUCUGAGGGGAAUCGUGAAGCAAAAGACAGACAGGCAAACCUGUGUGUAACUGCUGAUAUGAAGAAUGUGAAUGAGUUAAAGUCGAUCGGAGAUUCUUCUUUGGAUUUGAAUUCACAACAUGAAAAAGACACAAGCGAUACGCCACAGAACGUCAAGGAGGUUACUGAAGAUGUCGAGGUGAAUCAAAGUACAACCGACGAAGCUGUGGUUGUGAGGAGUGGAUCUGUAAUCUUCGAAGACCAAAAACCAAGUUUAGCAGGACAGAGUACCCCAGAUGUUGAAAAUAACUCUCGUGAGGAAGGUAGUCUUGGUCAUGAAACUCCAAAGUCUCCUGAUGAAGGCGAAACAGGAGAAGAAAAGAUGUUCGCUGAGCCUGACUUAGGUCCUGAUGGAUGUGGAGGAAGAGGAGAAGGAGAAGGAGAAGGAGAAAAACGGGCAGGUAUUAAGAUUUCCGAUCCUAAAACUAGGAAGGAGAAUCACACGAAUGAAGCUCCUGUUGAAACCUUGGCAGCAGAAGAGAAGACAGAUGGCUCAGGUCACGAGAGGACAGCCUCCACUGUUGCCAAUGCAUUGCCAAUUGAGGCUUCAAUCGGUAUAAGUUCAGAUCAGCUCAACAAAGCCCACAAAACCCCUUCAACGACUGCUGCUGCUGCUGCUGCUGCUGGUAUGUUGACGUCUUGUGAUCCUGGUGUGCUAAAACUAGUUCCAGGUACAGUGCCCUCAGCCCUGGAACCUCUUCCCCAAACCCACAUUCCACACUUUCCUCUCCCUCCUCUUCCUCUUCGUCCUUCGCUCCCGAGGAAUGUUGCAUGUAGCUCUGUUAAUAGUUGUCCUCCUGGUUCAGAACUUCUGUCUCUGACAGAGGCAAGUGGCAAUUCAACAAUAUUUCCAUCGGAUUCAGUGGCGCAAGAAGUCGCCAAUAAAGAUGAAGAUGAUGAAGAUAGGCGACCACCCAAGAGUGUAAUGGAUCAUUCGGUGGUUUCGGCUUUGAUGCAGUUUUACACCGAAAGCAAUAACGUAAACGGCAACAGAAACUGUGAUCUGAAAGAGAAGGAAGAUAAUGCUAAAACAAACUCUGGUGUCUGCAUUUCGACACGUAUGGAAUCAGUGCAAAAGAGCGGCAGAAAACAUGAAGUAACAAGUGAUAUGGAAAUAGACUCUGAUAACGAAAGAUCCGAAAGCUCUGACGGAUAUUCAAUUCAAAUCGAUAACACAAACGGCAGCAGAAACAGUGAUUUGAAAGAGAAGAAAGAUGAUGCUGAAACAAACUCUUGUGUCUGCAUUUCGACUCGUAUGGAAUCAGCACAAAAGAGCGACAGAAAACAUGAAGAAACAAGUGAUAUGGAAAUAGACUCUGAUCAAGAAAAAUCCGAAAGCUCUGACGGAUAUUCAAUUCAAAUCAAUAACACAAACGGCAACAGAAACAGUGAUUUGAAAGAGAAGGAAGAUAAUGCCAAAACGAACUCUGGUGUCUGCAUUUCGACUCGUAUGGAAUCAGUGCAAAAGAGCGACAGAAAACAUGAAGAAACAAGUGAUAUGGAAAUAGACUCUGACCAGGAAAGAAAUGCCACCAUUAUAGUUAUUGAGAGAUCUGAAAGCUCUGACGGAUAUUCAAUUCAAGAUAAGCCGGCCAAGUUGGAUUCUGCUGACACUGUAAACCAACAAAGCUUAGCAGCUGGUGUUCAAUUGCAUGCUGAAGAUGAUAAGGUAUCGGUAGGGAAAUCUUUAGAUGUAUCAGCAGCGAAGAAUCCUGAUGUUGAUGCAAACCUAUUCGAGGAUCAGGAACUCUUGAACAAUGACGCCCUCAAGGAGAUUCCAGGUUGUUCUGGUAACGAACGACAAGAAACGCUUUCAUGCGUCUCUCGAAAUGAUCUAGGAGUAGGAAAAAUUGAUAUGGAAGUGGAUGUGGAGUCAUUGCUGAAGUGUUCAUCAGUCACUUCCAACAAAUCAAGUGGAGAUAGUCCUGACGUUAUCCCCAAUAACACUAUGGUGAUGGGAGAUAAUUUGGUGGAAAAUCCUAAAGGUACAUCAGGGAGAUCGCAAGCAGAAAAUCUUGAUUUUGCGAAGGAUGAAGUGCGUGUACAGGAAGGCAUAAUUGGUAUUAAAGGAAAAACGAGGAAGAAUGUUACAGAUGAAAAUUAUCAGGAGAAUCCCAUUGUCUCUGUUUACAAACCACGAGCAGAAGAACCAGCAAACUUGGAGGAAGACUUAUCUGAAGAGCAACUAUUGAGCCCCAUUGAUCCGCUCUUCAUGGCGAGUGCUGAGCAGACCAUUUUCAGCUCAAUAGGUGGCUUAAGAAACCUGUUAGGACAAUCGUCAACGUUUGAUCGCAUCGCAGAGGAAACCAUUGCCUUAACUGUGUCUUCGUUGGAGGAUAUUCUUCGUCAAGCAAAUUGCAGCUACUUGGAGCUGAGCAGCUGCCCCUCUGACAGCGGUGUGUCUGUGGGGGAGGAAGCUUCGGGUCCUUCCAGAGUAUUCAACUUUAACAAUAUUACGCAUUUAGCGAACCCUCCACAGGAAAAGGAUUGCAGAACGGGGUCGUUGGAUGGGCAGUCUCCAAGUGGAGUAGGGCAGCCAGAGUGGCUGUCUACAAAUGAAAAGAGUGAUGCACGUUGUUACCUCGGUAGAGGUAUGUUUGUUUGUUCAAACUGACUAUUGAAAUGCAUGUGCUUAGUAUUUUGUAGGCACAUAGCGUUUUGUAUCAUCUCGAAAAGUAGUUUGUUAUUCGGGGGGCUUUUCCACACCGAACGAAAUCCCUCUCUGUUUUCUGAGCGCUCUAGUUGAACGUUAACUUUAUUUAUUUAUAAAUACUGAUCUGAGGUAGUGAUAAAAAUUUUUAGACGUAUCAAAUCUAUGGGUGCAGAAAUGGCGCAAUUUUGAGAGCGGUGCCCUCCCAACACUGAGAACCAGAAUCGACUCCUCAACGCCAGUCAACUUUCCGUUCCUCUGUGAAAAUCGUGUUAUAGUGUGCUGUUGUACUUUCUUUUAGUAUCAGGGAAGCCUUCUAUUCAGAAGAGAAGUCAAAAGCCAGGUGUUAACAGGAAGUUCCAGUUCUUUGUGUAUUCACCAGACGUUGACAGGGAGUGUGAAGCGUUGAAGGUAUGUUGUAUGUUGUAUGUUGUAUGUUGUAUGUAGUGCCAUUUCCUUAGAAAGGAGUCGCAGUUAAAGAAAGAUCUUUCGGGGUGUCACGUUUGUGAAACAAAGAUUAGUCCCCAACAAUGAAGCGAACGGCAGACCUUCGCUUUUUAGCGGUUUGAAGCUUUAACGCUCUAGAAAUCAAUGUCCCUUUACUGAGACAGUUUGUGCAGGUUUUAACCAACGCACAUAUCAAACCGCGGUAUCCUCGUUACUAUGCAUGCCAUUCACUUUAUGAUAACAAUAGUACACUGUUGCUCAAUUGUUUAAGGUUGCAAUACCGUAUGUUUGUUCUUUUGUAAGAACUACAUGUUGAGAGCAGGUGGAACACUUGUGGAUGUCAGGAACUCCAAAUAUUUGGAGGAAAAUACACGAGAGCUGAAAGUGUUCAUCAGAAAAAAACACUUGCCAUCUGUUCACAGGUAAAUAAAGGAAUUGAAGAUAAGUAUGGUUUUGUCUCACCUAGUCUACUAUUUUUCUUCUGCUUUUUGGGGGCACGGUGGCUCCUCUCCAAGAUAGAGGGUGCGACUCACUUAGCCGGAGUGCUGAAAGAGAUGCUGCUUCUGUCUUUUAUUUUGUCUCUUUUGGGGAAGAAAUAGUUGGUGUUUGGCACGGCUAAAUCUGUUUUCGGAGCGUGUUAUUCCCAGAAUUUUUCCCGAGUGAAUGUCUCUGUGACAAGUGAUUAAUGGGCUAUGUUAUCAUCCUCUUCCUGUGUUCUGUACUCACUGUAAAAUUGCCGAUAUUCCUUAAGAUUUUUCAAUAUUUACCUCUUUGUCACCAGGUUGGCCAACUUGUACCGACUGAAGAUGUCAUCACUUGUCAAGUUCUCCCUGUUUAACACUUUAACAGGUAUGCGAAACAUUCAUGAUGCCAAGUGCGAAUUGAUCCUCACCGUUAGACUGCUAUUAACUUUACUGCAAAAAAGGGACGUCACAAAAAUGUAGUUGAUUAGUUUAGUUGAGUGGAGUUGACGUCGUCUUUCUUUGUAGACGUGACAGAAGGAAGCCGUUUUUACGAGAACAUCUUUGUUUCGGGUGGUGCCUUGCUGGCCGAUGACAACUUUCUGAAGACAAUUCAACUUGGUGAGUCUAUGGACAGUCUGCAUCUGCAUGCGAGAGGGGGGAAAGGAAGGUUGAGGGGGGUGAAAGAGUGAAAGGUGAGACGGUUUUGGGGGGGAGUGAGAGGGGAAGAGGAGGGAGGGGUGAGCGGAGUGAAAGAGUGAAAGGUAAGAUGGGGGGGGGGGUAGGGGAUUGGGUGGGAGCGACAGGGUGAGGGGUUACAUAUAGAUGCGGCACCUCUUAGGGAUACUUAUGUCCUCUGGCCCAGUCUUAAAUGUUCACUUGUACCACAAGCGUUAAAUGGUCCCAGUACAGUCCUGGUUUGAAUUUCUUCAGCCCUGUGUUGAUCGUGUUUCAGCAGCCGGAAGUUUCUCUCGCUCGCUGCCUGACUAUUAAGCCGUAUCGUUCUUGCUUUACUUUCGUCUCGUAGAUCACCUUGAUGCUCUGUUACGCUACCUAAAGGAACAAAGCCUAGUUCAUCAGAAGUUCGUCUGGGUCUUGAACAUCAGCCGAAAUGGCUACAAGAAACUUUCUCUGAACAGGUGAGUCAGUUUUGGCUUCGUCAAUUUUUUAUCGUUAUUCAGAAAACCUGUCAUCGCGUUGGCUCCGCUCAAUCCCUGCGUUUUUUUGGUUUUUUUGUUUUGGUUUAAUUUGCUACAGGCCACUGACGAGAAGAGACUCCAGAGUUCUGGUAAGUUCACUCUUGGUUCAAUUUAGUUCACGUAGUCGGCGCUUUUGCAUGCAUUUUGAAGUGUUAUGCUCCGCUUAUCUUAUAAGCCAAUAAGCUCUCGCCAAACGGACAGAUUAACCUCUGUUCUGGUUUUUUGUUUUGUUCGUUAGUUUUUUUUAUGUGUUGCUUGGCGUGCAGCUUCAUUAUCAAAAUAGCAAAAGGGUGCUAAUGAGUUAAUCGGUAACGUUCAUCGUAGCUCGCCAAAAAACUUUACUCUCUCAAUUUUGUAAAGACAUGCGCGAGAGAUAAUGCGGCGAGUGAGAGGUAAUUCGCGUAUAAUUUCAAUGGCGUGGGAUUUAUCUUGAUGUGUGCACUUGAAUACACAUCGAUUCGAGACCUUACUUGGAAUAGUUACAUGACUGAAGAAGAUAUGUAUAAUUUGAAGAUUCUAUAUUCUCCCCAACCCCCUAUCCCUUCCACUGUUAAUUGAAUUCAACGUGUUUCCCCUAGAAUCUUCUACGCGAUUACAAGAACGAAGGUUUUGUUACAGUUCUUCAAAAGGUGAGAGGAUUUACGGUUAUCGUCGAAAGCUGCAUAUUCAUUGGUAACAUUCCCAGAAAUUAUGGAAAAUUGUUGGAAAAAUUUGACGAGUUUCCCUUGAAACGUCCGAUACCGAUAGUAUUUGAACAAGGAUAUUAGUAAACGGAAAGAUCUUGUGAAAUGCGACUUUGGCAAGUUUACCUUGAGAAUUGUCGAAAAGAAAUUUCGUUUUUUUGUUUUUGUUUUACGUAGCAGUCAACAUGAUUCGCCAAAUAAAGCUCGCUUUUGUUCCUAACUACUACAGUGGGAAUUUUGUUAAAUUUGAAUGCUGAACAUAUCAAUUUUUCGAACCAAUUUGAUUUCAAAAUGCUUUUGUUUUGUUCUUCUCGACCAGGGUUACGUAACAGAAGGCAUUCCGUCUUCCCAGCGCUAUUUACAGACCUCGCUCAAGCUACAAAUUGAACUUGUGUCUGUCUACAGACACGUGAUUCUGUUGUCAGGUGCGUCAGCAGAAAUCUUUUGCCUAUGAUAUUUUAAAGAAGGGUGUUAUUCGUUUUUACGAGCGUGGUUCAAAUAAAAAGUCAUUGUCCUCCUUAUCGAAAUCGAAACCGAAGUACCAUCAGAAAAUCCAUACCAUCCAGAUUUUGCGCUCCGAUGUUUUACCACUGAGCAACAGCUAUGGUAAGCCAGGCCAGUAGUACCGGUUUUGUACCUCUAUCACGAAUUUGAAAGAUUCGAACCACCCAGACUCAAGCCGAACUGCAGCACAGAACAAUGAGAAGUGAUUUGUAUUUCCGUUGGAUUUAAAGUUCGUGUUUAUUUUUCCUCUAAGUAUGCUCCAAUGUUACGAGUACAAAAGAGGGAAUGUCCCUUCCUCAGCAUGUAAAAUAAUGGCUUAUCCUUGCAUGUUUCGUUAAAAUCAGUGUUUCUCUUGAUCACAGAUAUGGACAAGAACAGAAUGGAAGUACCGUGGUUCUUUGAGCGAGGGGUGAGCUUAUCAGCCAGUGCAGAUUAAAUUUUUCCUAUUCUAAUGGGCCAUUAGAAUCUAUUUUAGCUGUGCUCUUCCUCAUUCGAAAGAUAUAAUUUUUUCGUUUAUUUCCUCUUUUAGAUUGGGGUUAUGAAUGUUAAAGAGUUUUUGACGUCAUUUGCGGGGUAAGGAGUUUGAACAGACGCAUACAUACGCUCGCACGUGUGCACGCAAUUACGCACGCACGUACGUAUGCUUCUACACGUGUGCACGUUUUCACAUACGCAUAUACGCUCGUAUACUCAUACGUUUAUGCAUGUAAAAGUAAAUAACAGGAUCUCGAAAUUACUCCAAAUAUUUGGAAGCCGCUUUUUUAAUACCAAUCUUUUAUUUUCUUUAUUAUAGGGAAAGGGAAGCAACAAACCUGAUCCUAAAACAGCCGAAUCCUGAAAGUAUGUGUAAGGAAACUACGGCAGUGGCAUAUUGUUCCACUCCCGAAGGUGCGUUAGCUUGUUGCAAUACGCGCGUGCCAGCUGUUUGUCUCAUUCUUUGCUUGUUGCAGUCACAACUACGAUUUCGUUAUUAUCCAAUGGGAGUUGCACACGUGUUUUCUGCUUCAUUUCCUCUUUAUAGAUGAAACGUCUCUCCAAACACCGCUGGGAACUCCAAUGUCAGACUCCUCAACUGAUUUUCCAUAUAUGGAGACACAGGCUCGUGAACCACCGCGCUCGACUGGCACCCCCCGAAAGCGAGCCGUACGCUCGCGGAGCUGGGAUGCAGGUUCCAUGACCCACACUCGGCUCCAGAUUCUCUCAUGCGUGAGAACUGUGCGUGACAGUAUUCGUAGUCAGAUUAGUAAUAGUACUCCUUCAAGUCCUGUAGGUCGGUCCAUGUGACGACACGUGUAGACACCUUGUGUAAGAGGUGGGAAGGAAGGGUGGGGCUUCUUUUUCCUUUGCGUUCCAAGUCAAUUUGCUUCUGUGACAUCCUCCUCUUCGGAAGUUGUCCUUUCCAUUUUCGUACUAAAUUUUGUUUUAGAUUGUUGCGUUCUACAACGUUUUUCAGGCGCCAUAGUAGAUGUAGAACUAAAUGUUUAACCUUGGUUCCGCAGUGACUAUGAGAAACUUCAUUUUUAAAUUUUUAUUUAAGGGA